AUGACUGAUUUCGCCGGGACAAAUAAAUAUAACCCAUUACAGAUUUUAUCAGAAUCACAAAAUGACGAUGAUGCUGGGCUAAGUAACGAGACAGCUUCUCCUGGUGUAAAUGAAAGCUACCAGAGACCAACCCUUGAAAAACCAAAAGGACAAUCGAAGGAAAAAUCAAUGAGAACUAAACAUAAACAUAAUCAGCAGAAUAAUGGAUCAAAUUCUACCGAAGGCCCAAUAGCCAUCCUGGGCGACUCCGCGAUCAAAAUGCUCAAUCUAUCACGGUUACGGCGUCCGAUCGGCAGGAAGACCAUAGUAAAGACAUUUCCUGGAGCAUCGGUUACUGAUAUGAAACAUUACGUGAAGCCUACUCUUGAAAAGAACCCCGAACUCAUUGUGCUACACGUCGGGACGAAUGACAUCCACCAGAAAGAACCAGAAGAAAUUGUCAAAGAAAUGGAAUCUCUUUGUACAGGUAUAGUAACGAACAGUUUACAGUAG